AUGGAGAUCUCCGAUAAUCCAGCAGAAAGCCACGAAAAGCCUUCCAAUGAGCCAACCGGCCUAUACCCCGACGCGGAGUCUCUAAACCCCGACCGAGUGAAUUUCACUCGGGAAACCACCCGCGAGUCGACAAUGGAAAUUCCAAAGAGCUUGUUGCAUGAGUGCAUAUUCAUUGCAGUUGUCUGUGCUGCGCAAUUCAUGACACAGGCGGGCCUUGCCCUUGCUAUCGUGCCUCUUCAUGUUAUUGGCGAUAGCUUCCAUGUAACGAAAUCCGGACAACUGAGUUGGUACGCAGCCGCGUACAGCCUAACGGUCGGCACAUUCAUUCUCGUUGCAGGAAGACUGGGGGACCUCUAUGGGCAUAGGCUCAUGUUUAUCGGUGGGUUUGCUUGGUUUGGCCUAUGGUCCCUUCUUGGAGGGUUUUCGGUGUGGUCGAAUCAAGUCUUUUUCGAUAUCUGUCGUGCAUUUCAAGGAAUCGGCCCGGCCUUUCUGCUACCUAAUGCCCUCGCUAUCCUAGGACGUACCUACCCGCCUGGCCCCCGAAAAGAUAUGAUCUUUAGUAUCUUUGGAGCCACCGCACCGGGAGGAUAUGCGGUUGGGGGGGCGUUCUCAGCCCUCCUAGCCGAACGUGCAUGGUGGCCAUGGGGGUACUGGAUCCAGGGAAUUGCUUGCAUUACAUUUUCCGUCCUUGGAAUCCUCGUUAUCCCUAGAUCCUCUUCUCCAAAGAUAUCAGACCAAACGCCAUGGUGGAUCAAAUGCGAUCUACUAGGUGGCUCACUCGGUGUUGCGGCCCUUAUUCUCAUCAAUUUCGCUUGGAAUCAAGGGCCAAGCGUCGGGUGGCCGACUGUUUAUGUCUACGUUCUCUUAAUCGUCGGUUUUCUAUGCCUAACCCUAUUCUUGUGGGUUGAGUUUCAUACAACCUGUCCCUUACUUCCACGGGAGAUUUUCUCCGAGGAUGUUGCAUGGGUAUUAAGUUGUAUCGCUGCUGGUUGGUCCAGCUUUGGCAUUGUGGUCUUCUACUUUUUCCAAUUUAUGGAAGUCACCAAGGAGGAUGCACCCCUUUUAGCGCUUGCGAAGUGGGCACCGUCGGCUGUCUCAGGUGCAAUCGCUGCAGUUGCAACCGGCUUUAUUCUGGCUCGAGUAGGCCCCAGCGUGAUCAUGUUGGCCGCUAUGCUCGCCUUUACAGCCGGUCAAAUCCUCUUGGCCACACUGCCCGUUCAUCAAACAUACUGGGCCCAAGCAUUUGUCCUUUCUAUCUUGACACCAUGGGGCAUGGACAUGUCGUUCCCAUCUGGAACACUUAUCCUUAGCAACAGUAUGCCACGAGAACAUCAAGGGCUCGCUGCCUCACUCGUCAACACCGUUGUGAACUAUUCAAUUUCUAUCGGACUUGGAUUUGCGGGAACCGUCGAAAGUCAAGUCAACCAUGGCGGCACAGACAAACUAAGAGGUUAUCGGGGGGCGAGCUACAUGGGUAUCGGCCUCGCUAGUCUGGGAGUUGGCGUUGCAAUCAUGUUUGUCAUUCGAAGCCUGACCAGAAAUCAGAAGGCCGGCUCCACAGCCAGUACGGAUAACUGA